AUGACUCGUGCAACACGUAACCAAGCAAUGGUGGAGGAACAGGCCGGCCGCCGCGUGACAAGGAGGACGUCUCAACAGAUAAAUAGGGAGAGCGGUGGCGGCGCUAAAAAAACUAAUGCGUCCGUCGCGCGUGGCAUUGGGCAGAAAAAAGCGGCGCCAAAAAAGGUCGAGCGCGGUCAAGAGGAGUCCGGCAAGAAAGCGGAAGACAAGGGGCCUAAACCAACGCCACGCAAGCGUGUUUCUACAGUGCGCAAAGAAGCAAAUGUUGCCUCUGCUGGAACCGAGCCCGGUCCGAGUAACGACGGCAACACUGGCGGCAACAAAGAUCCGGGGCGAGGGAGCGUGAGUCUUGCAGUCCCGUCGGCGGAGAUAGAGGGAUCGGCGACAGGGGGAAACCACGGAGGCGAUCCCCGCGCCGAGCAUGCCGCAACCAAGGAGUCCGAGGCGGUGGCAUCGCAACACCAUCUGACGCUGCUCCAGCCGACCGUGGUCGAAGUUUCUGCAGCCGUGCUGGAUAAGGACAAGGUGGGGGAGCACGAGUCGGAGGGGCAGGUCGGUGGCUCUCCUCCUUCUGGUGGACGGGGGAGGCGUAGGCAGAGGAGGAGCGAUGGGGAGGACGAUUAUGACACCGCCGUGCCUGGGGACCUCACCACGCGGGCGAAGAGGCGGCAGACGAUAGGUAGUGCUGACGACGCCGGAGGCGCGGAAGAGGAGGAGGAUGCGGAGGAAGAGGAGGAUGAAGAGGAUGCGGAGGAGGAUGACGCGGAUGAUGGGGAGGAUGAAAAAGAUGAGAAUGAUGGUGGGGAGGACGAAAAGGAGGAGGAGGAGGAGGAGGAGGAGGAGGAGGAGGAGGAGGAGGAGGAGGAGGAGGAGGAGGAGGAGGAGGAGGUGGUGGUGGAGGAGGAGGAGGAGGAGGAGGAGGAGGAGGAGGAGGAGGAGGAGGAGGAGGAGGAGGAGGAGGAGGAUUAG